UGGUAUAGCCCAAUCUCUAGAAGUAGAUUUUCUUCUACAUUUAUCAAUGUUUUAUCACAAAAGUAGAGGACAUUCUUCUUUCUGUUCUUUUAUCUCCUUCUGUCUCUUGUUACAAAUCCAUUUGAGCAGAACUUGCACGGUUACCUCACAAAAGAACCAAAAUGGUUGUCACCAGCAGAGAUGAAGCUCCAGCAACGCUCAAGCCGAAGUAUGACAGAGCAAGUGAGUUGAAGGCUUUUGAUGACACAAAGCUCGGUGUUAAAGGACUUGUAGAUGCUGGGGUUACUGAGAUACCUCGUAUAUUCUAUAAUCCACCGGACGACAUGGACAACUCAGCUUCCGGUGACACCCAGUUUAGUAUUCCCGUCAUAGAUGUCCAAGGCAUCGAGAAAGAUGCAAUAAAGCGCAAGAAGAUUGUUGAAAGCAUUCGCGAUGCAUCGGAGACGUGGGGUUUCUUUCAGCUGGUCAAUCACGGGAUCCCUGUGAGCGUUCUGGAGGAGAUGAAGGAAGGGGUGCGUAGGUUUAAUGAGCAAGAUAAUCAGGUGAAGAAAGGGUUCUAUACCCGCGAUCUCCUGAGACCAGUGGUGUAUAACAGCAACUUUGAUCUGUAUUGCGCUCCGGCGACUAAUUGGAGGGAUACUUUUUAUUGUCUAAUGGCACCUAAUCCCACAAAGGCAGAGGACUUGCCAGCUGCAUGCGGAGAUAUACUGGAGCAGUACACGAAGCUGGUGAUGAAGUUGGGGAUUUUAUUGUUGGAGUUAUUAUCAGAGGCUUUGGGGCUGAACCCAAACCACCUAAAUGAGAUUGGCUGCAGUGAGGGGCUUGCGGUUGUGUGCCAUUACUAUCCUGCUUGCCCCCAGCCGGAGUUAACAUUGGGCACAACCAAGCAUACAGACCAUCAUUUCCUCACUCUUCUUCUACAAGACCACAUUGGUGGCCUCCAAGUUCUUCAUCAGGACAAGUGGGUCGACGUCCCUCCGGUGCCAGGGUCUCUAGUGGUUAACAUUGGAGAUCUUCUGCAGCUUAUAACAAACGAUAGGUUUAAAAGCAUUGAACACAGAGUAUUGGCAAACAGGGUAGGGCCUAGAGUAUCUGUGGCUAGCUUCUUCUCCACGGGUCGUCGGCCAACCUCAAAACUCUAUGGACCCAUCAAAGAGUUAUUAUCAGCAAACAAUCCUCCAAAGUAUAGGGAAACCACAGUGAGCAACUAUGCUAAGUACUUCAGUGAAAAAGGCCUUGAUGGGACUUCUGCGCUGCCGCAUUUUAGGCUCUAAACUCCAAUAUAACAUAUAUGAAUAAAUGGUUUGUGAGUUGGAUUUCCCAUUUAUAUUUUCCAUCUACUUUGUGAGCUAAAAGAUAAUGUGGCACUUUUCUGUAAUGUAUUUACUAAACAAGUAAACAGUUGUAAGUAUUCUGGCUUCCUACUUUGGCGAGCAGCCGUGUGUUGUUAUUAAUAGAGUAAGUCUAUAUAUAAGACUAUAAUAAGAGAAGCCUACUAUACAAUAAUUGUAAUUGAACUACAUCUCUACCUUAUAUCUAUUUCUU